UAGGAUCACGUCUUUUCCUGAUCUAAAGUAAAGGCAUAAAGUUGGGUGUACAGACACAAUUUUAAAAACUGUGGAUGAUACAAAGCUUGGAAAUACUGUGAACUAUGACGAGGAUUGUGAUAGUCUUCAAAGGGCUGUAGACAGACUAGUGGAAUGAGCAGAUAUGUGAAAUACAAAAUUAAAUGCAGAGAAGUAUGAAGUGAUACUUAAGGAAGAGGUAAUAUAAACCAAAGAGUACAAAUUAAAAGGAGCAGGGGGACCUUGGGGUUAUAUGAAUGCAGAUUGCUGAAGGUGGCAGAAUAAUUUGGGAAGGUUAUUAAUAGGACAUACCUAAUCCUGGAUGUUAUACUUAGAGGCAUACUGUGCAAAAACAAGAAAGUUUUGAUGAACCUUUGGUCACAACUCAAGUAUUGCUUCUGAUUGUCACUACUACGCUGAAGAAUAUAGUGAUGCCUCUAGCAGCAGAUGGUAAGGGUGAAGGAAGGUACCGUGGAGGGGAGCCAGUUAGUCCCUUCCCGCCAUUCCUGAAGGGAAGAAAUGGAUUGUUAGACCUGAAGCAGAGGGAAAGUCCUGCUGGAAAGAGAGAGAAGGAUUAUGAUGAAGAACGCCUCAAACAAGAUGGGCAACUGAAAAUAAAUGCUCUGACUGAAGAUGAUAUCACUAGAAAAGAACACUAUGGCCAGAACCAACAGGUCACAUUCAUUGUGCAGAAUUCUCCUGAUCAGAAGAUGAGGAUAGGCAGACUUGGAGAGAAAGCAGUGGAGUAUCAGCUCCCAUAUAAGAAUGUCUUACCAGUACCAGUCUUUGUGCCAUGCAAAAUAAAGUCAGUCACCAAAGAAGACCUCAAGCCUGAGUUUUCUCUAUCUCUAGAAGAAUUGAGAGGAAAAGAGAGAUUUGAAAGAGCACUAAACAACACGUGGUCAUUCCCUGACAAGCAGCAAGUUUCAGUAAUGGAAAAGGAGUUACCUCGCAUUGUGCAGCCAGCAAGUGGGAACUUCAGGGCCUCGGCUCUUUUGUCUCCCCUGAAUAUAUAUUCACAGCCUGAAGCUGCUCACAGAGGCUGAGUGUGGAGUAAACUGGAACGUGUUCACUUGCAAGAACAGUUAGUUUUAGGGCCUUAUAGUAAGAUAUGUUAAUGAAAAGUUCUGCCAUUUGAGCCAUAUUAGUUGGGUUAUGUAUUAGUUUUAUUCCAAUAGAGAUUUUUUCAUAGUUUGCCCAUUGUAUUUCAGCCGCAGGCAACAAAUACCUUGACAAUUAUUGGUCCCACAAAUUACUCCCACAGUUUGAAUUUAUGUUUCUAAUGUUUGUUGUUUCUAUUUUUAAAAAUUAAGAGGAAUAAAGUCCAGGACCCUGUUUUGAGAAGUCAGAGCUGUCAUUGUCAAUGGAGCUUUCUACUCCAAGUGCACAGCAUGUUCCAUUGAGCUGAUGAAGCUGCCAAAAUCUGUGGUAAAAUUGUAUUCCUUAUGUCUUUUACGUUAAACAGAAAGUUAUAAUAACACUAUUGUACCCAUCAGCUAUCAUCUCAGUAAAAUAUGUAACACUCUUACUGGAUGCCACUCACUUUCAUGGUCCUCUGUUUGUCCUCAGAACAAUCAUAAUAUUCAUUUAGUACAUCUGCAGAAUAAUCCAUCACCUAUCCUCAGAAUUAUCUUUGAAGCAAUUUUUUGUAACACUUCUAAAUUAUAUAAUAGCCAACUAAAUUAUAUAAUAUAUAUCCUGCUGUUAUAAUCCUGUAAUAUUUUCUCAUAAUGUACAGAAUCUUACAUGGGUCCAAGCGACAUGGGCUAUGGUGAGGUGUGUAUGGCAGAAUUGAGUGACAAAUCCGGCAAUGUCUAUCUCGGUGAUGAGACUUCAUUUAUUUAUGCUUUUCAGAAGUGGCAUAGUGAGAUUUUCGGUAGGCAACAACAAGAUCCCAAUUGAUGAGGAUUACCGUGGGCUAAAUGCCACAACCCACCAAAUUAAUAUUCAAAAUCCCAUGUUACUAAAUGUGCCAAACAAGCACAACAUUGGAAAAAUGUGACAAAGAAACCAAGGCAAGCGCCUUGCAGAUUCAGCUAACCAUUUGCUCCAAAUGACCUCCAUGUUGGACACUGGACAUCAACAUCUCAGGGUGCAUACCAUGGGCACCAGCCACAGAUAUACCUAUGUCCACAGGAGAUUGGCAUUUGAUAUGUGCCAGCCUCUAUGAACCCUCAAGGCACUUCUCUGAUACACUUACAGGAUGGUUCUGCACUUCAGUGUAGCACCUCUGGCUACACUGGCAUUGAUCUUGUAAUUCUGCAGUAAGGACAUUGUGCUGGGGACAUGCACCCAACACAUGGACUGCACCAGGCUGCAUGUUCACUUCCUGUCAUAGUGAUCACUCACUCUGAGCCCAUCUGGAUGCUCACAGCAUCCUUGCCUUGCCCUUUUGCACUUUGCCCCCUUAGCCAGCGAUACCACUAUCUUGCCACGCUAUUUAGUGCAUAAACCUGGCAUAAAGCCUGAACCCUUGCCAUUCUUGUCAGCAGCCUUCUGUCAAAUCAAGAGAAAUAGCUUUCACUCAGGGGCUCCUGACGCAGUAAGUCAAGGACUGCCUUGGAUACCAGUGCAAUAACUCUGAGUGAUCAGAGUCAGAAUCCUCUCCUCGUAAGGGAGGAGGAGCCAAAUGAUGAGCAAAACACAACCUAUCUUGACUCUGCCCUAUUGUUGGCUUUUUACUUCAAGGAAUAAGGGACAGGGUGAUAUUUCAGAAAAUGAAAGUGGGUGACACAGCUAUUAGUUUUGAUGCAAGUGGAAAGGUACAGUCAGUUCUUCGAUAACGUGAUGGGUGUGUUCUUUUGCAAUGCCACGUUAUAAAAAAAUUGCACUUUAGAAACUGCGCUUAAAGUGUUGGCACUGUAAUCGCGUUACAACCAACACACGUUUUAAAAAUUCGCGCCGUAGAAAAACGUCCCCAAUUCAUCAAUCACAUUACAGUGAAUUUACAUUGAUGUGAAAUGCAUUAUGACAGAAUGACCUGUAUCCUGAGCAAGUGAGGAAAACAUGCAGGGUUCAUGGUGUCAGGCAUUAGGGGUAGGUGACAACAAGUGAGGGAGCAUGUUGCAGAUAAUAGUGAACAUGUUACAACGUGAGCCUUGGUGGGAGAUGGAGGCAAUUAUAGAAGUACAGUGAAUGUAAGGUGUGGGAGAGAAGACUUAUGCUGGAAUAAUGGAGAAGGUUAUUGGCCUUCCUGCUACAUUGCUGUGCAUUUCUCUGGAUGGCUGAGACUGCAAUAACCUGGUGGCAACCUCAGACCAGUUUGGCGUGGUCUGGUCUUUUGUUCUCUGCUGCAGGCCUGGAUGAUAGCAAGUCCCAUCUGGACAUCACCCCAUCUAGCAGGAGCUCCCCUGGACACUGCCAUAUGGCACCUUUGCCCCAGACGUGGCAGACAGGCGGCAAAUGUCAAGAAUCGUGCAGGUCAGCUUUGAACUGAUUGCUUAACCAGGUGCACAGUAGGUUUUAAAGAUGGCACAGGUGCAAGUGAUGCUUGUGAAUUCUGGGAAACUCAUCAUGUGAUGACUGUACUGGGAAUGAUGGACGGUGAGCUGGAGCAGAAGUUGGACAUGAAGGACAGCAUAUUACUAGAGUAGCUCAUUAAUGAGGCAAAUUUAGUAAGAUAUGGCAAGAAAACACACUAAGCCCCGCAUCAAGAAACCCUCAAAAUAGCUCAACACAACUUAGACUUCACCAAAGAAAUUUAAGAUUCCGUUCUUUAUCUUUGUAGAAUGUAAUUUUAUCUUUUGAUCACUCUUCUUUGCUGAACUAGACAUAACUUACUAUAUUUACUUAUCAGAUCCUAUGCCUCCUUUAUUUUUCUGCUCCUUACUUUAUCACACAACCUCCUUCCACUGUCCUUACACCCACACUCUCAUGAGCAACUCUUCUGUUUGCUCAACAAUCACCUUAUUGUUCUGAUCAAUGCCUUUACCUAGCUAGCUGUACCAUGACUAUCUCUCAGCACAAACAGCUAUAGUCUAAAGUGCAAAGGUUAUGCAACCAGAAUGAUUAUCAUUAAUGGCAAUUUAUUCAAACCUGAAGUUUUGAAAGUAAAAUGAGGUGUACCUCAUUAAUGCAACCAGCACAUGAUAGGAAUAAAUACUCUGCUUACUCUGCCACAAAAAUACAUUAGCUAGAAUAUCCGUGCUGUGACUAUCGCAUUAGGAUUUUGAAAUGUUGUAUUGCUACCAUAUAAAUGCUGCAACUUUCAGUUUGGAUCAUUGCUUCUCUUUAUUGCAUGUGGUUUGUUUAUCAUGUAUUAAUUAAAGACACAAUAAAACAAGGACUAGAGUUUAAGAGGUUCCUUGUAGUUGAUAACAACAAAUGUUAUUAUUUUGUGAAGUGUGUUCGGUUGCUUACUUUCUCAAUAUAAUUAUUCCU